AUGAAGGAAGAGGCUCCAGAGGGAGAGGAGCCCGUAGGGUUGCAAGCGACUGAAGCGGAGGAGAGGGCCGAAGCAGGUAGCGUCGAGAACGCAGCGCCUGAGAAGGAAGACGUCAUGGACGAGCAAGUCAAGAGAGAAGGCGCAGAAGAGGAGGAAGAACACAACAACCUGAAUGAAGAGGAGGAAGCCGAAGAGGAAGUAGACUCAGACUUUGAUGAAAAGGAAGAGGGUGUGGAGGAGCAACCUACCAUCAAGACCACAAUCGCCAAGGCAGCAGCCACAAAGGGAAAGACCGUCAAGGGGAAGUCGAAGGAGGUCACAAAGGGAAUGCUGGCGCUACUGAGUUCCUCUGUUGACUACGACCCGGUUGCAAGUGCCAUCUGGAAGAAGGGGGAGAAAGUCCCCUACCUGUGGCUGGCGCGCACGUUUGUAGAAAUCGAGCAGUAUACGGCACGGACGGAGAUCAUUCGACUCCUCACCAACAUGUUCAGAUCUGUCGUGGAGCUCUCGCCGAACGAUCUUCUCGCCUGUGUCUAUCUCACCAUCAACAAGAUCGCGCCGUCCUACGAGGGACUCGAACUGGGGGUCGGUGAAUCGAUCCUCAUCAAGGCCGUGGCUUCGGCGACCGGCAAGAAGGAUUCCGUCAUCAAGGCUGAGUAUGAGAAGCUGGGUGAUCUGGGACUCGUCGCAGCUGCUGCCCGAAACACCCAAAAGACCAUGUUCCCGCCACCGCCCCUGACGGUCUCCUUUGUGUUCAACACCCUCAACCAGAUAGCCAAGGCGGCCGGGCGCGCUUCGCAAGACAAGAAGAAAGGGCUCAUUCAGCAGCUGCUCGUGGGAGCCAGGGAGGGAGAGGCGCAAUGGCUCAUCCGGUCCCUGGAAGGAAAGCUGCGCAUCGGUCUCGCGGAGAAGACCGUUCAGGUGGCGCUGGCCCACGCCAUCGUCCUCACCCGCACUGAUCUCCAAGACAAGCGAGCGCGGCUGGGCCUCGAGGAACGCAUGCGUGUGGCCGCCGAAACGUUGAAGGAAGUAUUCAACGAGCUGCCCAACUACAACAUCCUCAUCCCUGUCAUCUUGAAGGAGGAGCCGGAGAAGUGGUCCGAAAGCUGCCAUCUCACGCCAGGCAUUCCUGUCCACCCCAUGUUGGCUCACCCCACGAAGGGAAUCGACGAAGUGCUGCAACGCUGCGCCGAUGCCGCGUUCACCUGCGAGUGGAAGUACGACGGGGAGCGAGCGCAGGUGCACUUCACCGAUGAUGGCGGCGUCCACGUGUACAGCAGGAACCUGGAAGACAACACCACCAAGUAUCCCGACAUCAAGCAAAACCUGCCCAAGGCCAUGAAGCCGGACACGCAUUCGUUCAUUCUGGACUGCGAAGUGGUGGCCUACGAUCGGGAGAAGAAGCAGAUCCUGCCCUUCCAGGUCUUGUCGACCCGUGCCCGGAAGGACGCGGACAUGUCUGAGAUCAAGGUACAGAUCUGCCUGUUCGGCUUCGAUCUGUUGUAUUUCAACGGCCAGUCCCUUGUACGCGAGCCAUUCCGCAAGAGGCGGGAGCUGCUGCACAAUGCUUUCGUCGAGGUGGACGACGAGUUCAAGUUUGCCCGUUAUUCUGAUGCGAACACGACCGAUGAAAUCGCCAACUCCCUGCACGAAUCGGUGGCCGGCAACUGCGAGGGUCUCAUGAUCAAGCGCCUGGACGAGGACGCCACCUACCAGCCCUCGAAGCGCUCCUAUUCGUGGCUCAAGGUGAAGAAGGACUACCUGACCGGCAUGACCGACUCAGUCGAUCUCGUCCCUAUCGGGGCGUACUAUGGCAAGGGCAAGCGUACGGGAGUGUACGGCGCCUUCCUGCUGGCCUGCUACGACCCCAACGCCGAGGAAUUCCAGAACGUCUGCAAGAUCGGCACGGGCUUCUCCGACGAAGACUUGGAGAAGUUUGCCGAGUUCUUCAAGGACAAGAUCAUCUCCAAGCCCCGGCCCUACUACCGCUACAGCGACCAAGUCGAGCCGGACGUCUGGUUUGACGCAAGUGUCGUGUGGGAGGUCAAGGCCGCCGACUUGUCGCUCAGCCCGCACUACAAAGCUGCGCUUGGACUCGUUUCGGAGAGCAAGGGCAUCUCGCUUCGCUUCCCUCGAUACCUUCGCACGAGGGACGACAAAAAGCCCGAGGACGCCACCAACGGUGAACAGAUCGCCGAGAUGUACCAGCAGCAGUUCGCGAACGCGCCGCCGGCCAACCCUCGCUACGGCGCUCCCCACUAA